AUGGCAGAGUUAAAAGUCCCCCGGAAGCGAAGUCUACGCCGAGGGGGCCUGCUCUGGGCCCCGAAACGGGGCGCACUGUCACUAGAUUUGCCACACAUGCAUAAAAAUAUCUUCCUCCGAACAGACCUGCUCCAGGGGGCGGUUUGGGGAGCGACGCGGGCGGCUAAGGCCGGCGCUGCCCUCGCCCCCGUCACGCUUUGCUGCUCCGCACGGCCAGCGGUGGGGAAACAGGGCCGUCGCCACCGACAGAGCGGGGCCUGCAUGACUGGCCAAGCAGCUCCGUGGUUUGAAGCAAAGCCUGGGCUGCACGAAAAGGGAGGCCCCGACGGCGGCCCCCGCGGGGAGAGCUCCCUGAGCCAGGGCCUGAGCGUGCUGGUGGGGCUGGCGCUGUGCGUGACCAUGCUGGGGCUGGGCUGCGCCGUGGAGCUGGGGCAGCUCGGCCAGCAGCUGCGGCGGCCCCUGGGGGUGCUCCUGGCGCUGCUGGGGCAGUUCGUGGCCAUGCCGCUGCUCGCCUUCCUCCUGGCGCUCCUCUUCGCCCUGGACGAGGUGGCGGCCGUGGCCGUGCUGCUGUGCGGCUCCUGCCCCGGCGGCAACCUCUCCAACCUCAUGUCGCUGCUCGUCGACGGGGACAUGAACCUCAGCAUCAUCAUGACCGCCUCCUCCACCCUGCUGGCCCUGCUCCUGAUGCCCCUGUGCCUCUGGGUCUACAGCCGCCACUGGAUCAACACGGCCCUGGUGCGGCUGCUGCCGCUGGGCGCCGUGAGCCUGACGCUGGGCAGCACCCUGCUGCCCAUCGGCCUGGGGGUGCUCGUCCGCUACAAGCGCCCCCGCGUCGCCGACCUCCUGGUGAAGGUUUCCCUGUGGUCCCUCUUGGUGACUCUGGUGAUCCUGUUCAUCCUCACGGGCACCAUGCUGGGGCCAGAGCUGAUGGCACAUAUUCCUGCGUCUGUCUACGCCAUAGCGGUACUGAUGCCCCUGGCGGGGUACGCCUUGGGCUACGGCUUGGCCACGGUGUUUGCCCUGCCGCCGCACUGCAGGAGGACAGUGUCCCUCGAAACGGGGUGCCAAAACGUCCAGCUCUGCACUGCCAUCCUGAAGCUCACCUUCCCGCCGGAGCUCAUCGGCAGCAUGUACAUGUUCCCCUUGCUUUACGCACUCUUUCAGUCGGCAGAAGCAGGACUCUUUGUGCUGGCGUACAAGAUGUACGGGAGGGAUAGCUACAAACCGGACGCUCUUGGAGAGGAGGAAGACACAGAUAUUUCCUACAAGAAACUGAAAGAAGAGGAGGCGGCCGAUACUUCGUACGGCACCGUGACCACAGAGGAGCCCAGCUCUGUUGAGGUGGAGCCAGCCCAGACCACGCUUUAGGCAAGAGAGCGAGGCAGCACCCGGGGCGCUUGAUGCCAGCGCGGCUUGUGAGCGGGCUCGGGGCUGCGCGCGCGAGCGGGGCAGCGGCUCUGCCCAGCCGCCACCCAUUUCCAGCUGCUCCCAUUGUGCAAGGUGAUGUGUGUUUUACUACCGUGCCAGUCGCAUUUCCUCAGCAAUGU